AUGGCCGUCAAGAGCGCUGCUCUCUUGCUUCUCCUCCCUUUGCUACAGGAAGUAGGAGCAGAUUGGACUACAACAGUUCACACCACUCUUAUUGUACCCAAUACGGUCACCCCAGUUGUUAAAUUUGUUACACCUCCGGCAACGCCUCUAUCAUCUACUCCAUCGUCUUUGCCCUUGACAUAUGAUCAUGCAAACAGCCACAAGCUGAAGCUGACCUCCGUUGCAAGCCCACUGGAACAGAUGGAGGCUCAGGAGGAACAGCACCCCCCUAGCGUGACUACCUCUCCAGGGCCUGCCAAUUCUGGUGCUAGCUCUGCCACACCAAAUGAAAGUGGAAGCUCAGCUGCUGAGGGAACCCCUGGAAACCCGCCCACCAGCUCCGCAGGCGUCCCUCCAGGGGGUCACUCAAGCUCCAAGCCACUCGUCCCCAAUGGGUCUACAGCUUCAGGAUCUCAUUCUAAGCACACAACCACUCAGCCAGCUGUCCCAGACACAACCAAAUCAGGCUCACCUGCUGGAACCUCAGGUGGUUCUUCGAAAUCAGGAUCUCCAGAUGGCCCUGCCAGCUCCCAACCCAACAAUACCGGAACAAAGGGAUCGAACACAUCAAGCUCCAAGCCUGUAGGCCCAAGUGGAUCUACUACACCCGGCUCUCCACCCAAACACACAACCACUCAGCCAGCUAGCCCAGACACAACCAAAUCAGGCUCACCUGCUGGAACCUCAGGUGGUUCUUCGAAAUCAGGAUCUCCAGAUGGCCCUGCCAGCUCCCAACCCAACAAUACCGGGACAAAGGGAUCGGACACAUCAAGCUCCAAGUCUGUAGGCCCAAGUGGAUCUACACCAAACCCUCCAGGCGGUACUACAAGCUCCACACCGAAGGGUCCUGCAAGUGACGCAACUGCGACAAAGUCAACAUCUCCUUCAGAUGGUGCCUCAGGAACCCCAGACCACAGCACCACAGGUCACCCCUCCUCGUUGCCCACAGUGAAUCCAUCUAAUCGGGUUUCCUCGGUUGAUCUCGCAUCAGCAACUGAUCUACAAUCUGCCGCAACAAGUAAUUCUGAUAUCGCUGAUUUUGCCCCCUCAGCAUCACCUUCCCAGGAGGAAUGGGCUUCUAUGCCAGCUACCACAACAUCCGGAAGCCCAGCCAGCAUUAGCUCUGACAGUGCUAUCAUUGCACUGAUGUUGAGAAAUAGCUAUAACAACAUCGAUGAAUUUAAGAAGGACCCGAAGACAUACAAGAAGCAUAUUGAAGAUAUCGAGGAUCAAACCUCGAAGUAUCUCUCCAAGACUGGAUUUGAUACUGGCAAAUCCCCUUGCUCUGGCUCCAAAAAGAGAUCGUCGAUCGAAAAGAGAGGCCUCUUCGAUGCCGUUGCCAGUAUUGCAAAGUCGGCAGUCAGCGCUACAGUGAAUACUGCUAGCGACAUUGCUAAUUCUGCCCUCAGCUGUGUUGCACCGAUCGUUGAUGACAUUAAAAAUGUGAUACCUGAUGAUGUUGAUGUGAAAGAUAUCACCCCUGAGAUUGAGGACCAGGUCAAGAAAGGAACUGAGUAUCUCGACGAAAUUAGCAACAUUGUGGAUAACAUGGAUGAGAAGAAGAACGAUGACGAUGACCACACAAGCUCGUCUAAAUCUGAUUCCUCAACAACUACUUCGUCAACGACAGGUACUUGUACAUUAAGUACUACAUAUUCCGAUUGCACUUGGGAUACCAUCGUCACUCCAGUGGCCAACUCCGACACUACCACGAUCAGUGUCAUUACAAGUACCCAGUCUUGCACGACACGAACUGGCUGUGAUGAGAAGCCGAGUACUUUCGAGACCACAUCUACUGUCGAUGCAUGCUCCUUCGUUUCUGUCCAAGAAGCUCCUGGAGUUGGAGUCGCAGCCACCAGUUUUAGUGUAUCCGCAACACCUGGUGCUGGUGUCUCUGGAGGCUCGUCCGCAACGGCUCACUCUACAGCUUCUCCAGGCUCAACACCCAAGACAACUGGCUCAUCCUCAACAACAAAGUCCUCUGUCACCACUACCACCUCAGCAGGCCCUACAUGCAGUGCGAACCAUGUCGUGGAUAACAAGGACGGAUGGGAGUAUUGUGAAUUUGAAUGCACUGAAUACACUGGUAAAUAUAUGAUAGCCAGCUCAACCUCUGGUCAGAAAUCCUACCAGCCAUGCCCCUACUCGAGGCCCCCUGUUGGAAUGUCGUGGAGUCCGGAUAAUGAGGGUCCCUUCACAACAACCGCGAAAGACGGCACCGUCUACAAUUGUGACGAUUCUCGCUACCUUGACCAUAAUGUCGGUGAUUCUAAGUCCUGCGUGACCUCGAUGAAAUCCAUCACCCAGAUUUCCACCAUCUACGCGGCAUACACCUCUUCCGUAGAAUCGGCAGCUUCAGCAACAUCGGCAUCGGAAGCUAGUGUCAGUGCUUCGAAGGCGAGUGCCUCUGCUGCUUCAGCAUCAGCUGCAUCCGCAUCGGCUGCCGCAGCCACUCCAUCUGGUUAUGCCUACAUCACAUUUUUCACUGCUGAGGGGGCUGGAUUCGGCUAUCAGGUUCUCCCCAGUGACUCUAGUGAUGACCCUGAUAUUUGCAACAUCGUCCCUGUUGCAACAUCAGAUGGAGGCACCUACUACGACCCUCCUGAUACCAUUGAUAUUGACCAUGGAGUUCUGAAGGGCUGCACAUAUAAAGACGAUGAGAUUAAAUGUGAUGACUACACUCUGCCAUGCAAAGAUUUCGAUGGGAAGAAAACUGAUUGCGGUCAAGCGAGGGUUCAAUGCGGACGUGAUGUGAAAAGCUAG